AGUGCCCGCGCCUGCGCUCUGCCUGCGGCGGCCUCGCGAACUUGCGAGCCUCGGUGCGGCGCGCCACCUUCCCCUGCGGCCCGGGUCUUUAACUUGAGACGCCCUUGAGCUGAGGACCAUGAACCGCAGCCGCCAGGUGACGUGCGUGGCCUGGGUCCGCUGCGGCGUGGCCAAAGAGACGCCUGACAAGGUAGAGUUAAGUAAAGAUGAAGUAAAGCGUCUCAUUGCUGAAGCAAAGGAAAAGCUACAAGAAGAAGGUGGUAGUGAGGAAGAGGAAAUAGGCAAUCCUUCAGAAGAUGGCAUGCAGAGCGCCCGCACCCAGGCACGACCAAGGGAACCCCUAGAGGAUGGUGACCCAGAGGAUGACCGCACCCUAGAUGAUGACGAGCUGGCUGAGUACGACCUAGAUAAAUACGAUGAGGACGGUGACCCAGAUGCUGAGACGCUUGGUGAAUCUCUCCUGGGUCUUACAGUCUAUGGGAGUAAUGAUCAAGAUCCUUAUGUUACUCUGAAAGAUACGGAACAAUAUGAGCGUGAAGAUUUCUUGAUUAAGCCCAGUGACAAUCUCAUAGUUUGUGGCAGAGCUGAACAGGAACAAUGCAAUUUAGAGGUACAUGUUUAUAAUCAAGAAGAAGACUCUUUCUAUGUACACCAUGAUAUACUUUUAUCUGCAUAUCCUCUCAGUGUGGAAUGGCUGAAUUUUGAUCCCAACCCAGAUGAUUCUACUGGAAAUUACAUUGCUGUGGGAAACAUGACCCCUGUUAUUGAAGUAUGGGACCUUGAUAUAGUGGACUCUUUAGAGCCCGUCUUCACACUUGGGAGUAAACUUUCAAAAAAGAAGAAAAAGAAAGGAAAGAAGAGUUCCUCAACAGAAGGGCAUACUGAUGCUGUCCUUGACCUUUCAUGGAACAAACUCAUCAGAAAUGUGCUGGCAAGUGCGUCAGCUGACAGCACAGUAAUUUUGUGGGAUAUGUCCGUGGGGAAACCAGCAGCUAGCCUCGCUGUGCACACAGACAAGGUCCAGACUCUGCAGUUUCAUCCAUUUGAAGCACAGACUCUAAUUUCUGGAUCAUAUGAUAAGUCAGUGGCUCUGUAUGACUGCCGAAGUCCAGACGAAAGCCAUCGGAUGUGGCGAUUCAGUGGGCAGAUUGAGAGAGUGACUUGGAAUCACUUUUCACCUUGUCAUUUUUUGGCCAGUACAGAUGAUGGCUUUGUAUACAAUUUGGAUGCACGUUCAGAUAAGCCAGUUUUUACACUCAAUGCACACAAUGAUGAAAUCUCUGGUCUUGAUCUCAGCAGUCAAAUCAAGGGCUGUCUUGUAACAGCUUCAGCAGACAAAUAUGUGAAGAUUUGGGACAUAUUGGGAGAUAGGCCAAGUCUGGUUCAUUCCAGGGACAUGAAAAUGGGAGUUCUCUUCUGUUCUUCAUGCUGUCCUGAUCUGCCAUUCAUUUACGCCUUUGGAGGUCAGAAAGAAGGGCUUCGAGUCUGGGAUAUAAGCACCGUCUCUUCAGUAAACGAAGCAUUUGGAAGRCGAGAGAGGCUCGUUCUCAGCAAUGCAAGAAGCUCAUCUAUUAGUGGCCCUUUUGGGAGCAGGAGUUCACACACACCAAUGGAGUCUUAAUGAACAUCAUAAAAUUGCCUSGUUUGCCUACUUUAA